GAGCACAGCAAAAACCGACCUGAAAAAAUGGCGUUUCGUAGCGCUCUGCUGCUUUCACAGAUUCUCUUCUUUUUCUUGGUCUUGUCAUCUUCAUGGGCAUCUGCGACUUACGCGAUUCAACAGACCUUCUUUCGUUGCCUUUCGAAAAAUUCCAGGAAUUCUGUUCCUCUUUCCUCGUAUUACACCCCGAAUAACGUCUCUUCCUUCACGUCCGUCCUCAAUUCCACAGCGAACAACCUCCGGUACUUGCUCCCGACCGUGCCGAAGCCCGUGAUCAUCUUCACCCCGCUGUGUGAGGCCCAUGUCCAGGCCGCUGUCCUCUGCUCUAGGCAGUUCGGGCUCGCCCUCCGCGUCCGGAGCGGGGGCCACGACUACGAGGCCGUCUCCUACGUCUCCCAGAUGGAGUCCCCCUUCCUCGUGCUCGACCUGGCCCACCUCCGCGCCAUCCAGGUGGACAUCCCCCUGGGCACGGCGUGGGCCCAGGCAGGGGCCACGACCGGGGAGGUCUAUUACCGGAUCGCCGAGAAGAGCAGGGUCCACGGGUUCCCGAUGGGCCUGUGCACGAGCCUGGGCAUCGGGGGUCACAUCACCGGCGGGGCCUACGGGUCAAUGAUGAGGAAGUUUGGGCUUGGGGCCGACAACGUGCUCGACGUCCGGAUGGUCAAUGCCAAAGGGAAGAUUCUUGACCGGAAGGCGAUGGGGGAGGAUCUUUUCUGGGCACUCAGGGGAGGCGGCGGAGGCAGUUUCGGCAUAAUCCUGGCUUGGAAGCUGAAAUUGGUCAAUGUGCCUGAGACUGUGACUGUGUUCACAGUCACCAAGACCCUUGAACAGGGCGCCACAAAGCUCCUGUACAAAUGGCAAAAGAUAGCCCCCACGAUCGACGACAGGCUCUACAUCAGAGUCAUCAUCCAGGCCUCGAGCGCUGAACUGACGAAGAACCGGACAGUGAUGACGUCCUACAACGCCCUGUUCUUAGGAGACCCAGACACCCUCCUUGGAAUCAUGGGCAAGGUCUUCCCGGAGCUGGGCCUGACACGGGCUGACUGUAUCAAGACGACCUGGAUUGGGUCGGUCCUGUACAUCGCGGGGUACCCGAACACGACUGCCCCGGAGGUCCUCCUCCAGGGGAAGCCCCUGUUCCGGAACUACUUCAAGGCCAAGUCCGACUUUGUGAGGACCCCGAUCCCUGAGAAGGGCCUCUUGGGCCUGUGGAAGAUAUACUUCGAGGAUGAGGUUCCGUUCAUGAUAUGGAACCCAUACGGCGGGGCGAUGGCCCGGAUCCCCGAGUCGGCGACACCGUUCCCACACCGGCAUGGGACACUGUUCAAGAUCCAGUAUGUGGCGACCUGGCAGGAUGGGACCAAAAACAUGGCCCGGCACAUGAGCUGGGUAAGGAAGCUGUACAACUACAUGGGACCUUAUGUGUCCAAGAAUCCUAGAGAGGCCUAUGUGAAUUACAGGGACCUUGAUUUGGGCAUGAACAGGAAAGGUGUCAACAGCUUGAUGCAGGCAAGUUCAUGGGGCUUGAGGUAUUUCAAGAGCAAUUUCUACAGGUUGGUUCAGGUCAAGACCAGGGUUGACCCUGAUAACUUCUUUAGGCAUGAGCAGAGCAUUCCUGCUCUUCCUGUGAGGAGAGGGAGUUAGAGAGUAUUGAUUGGUUAGUGCAAGAUUUGCUUGGACCACUCAAUAGUUUGAUGGGUGGCGUUAGGUUUCUCCUUUUGUUUUCUUGCGCUUGGUUUCCACCCUCAUUUGACUAACUGCGAGGCUGUGUGCACCGUGAGCUUACUCAGACAAACAACAGUUUG